AGACGCAUAAGAGUUGAGAGUACAGCCAUUAGCACUCUCACUUCUGUCCUCUCUCUCUCUUCUCCCUAUAAAUAGGGCUGUCUCUCUCUCUUCUCUUUUACUUCUCCUUUUUGAAAGGUCUCGUUGUCUUUACAACUAGGCACCACACUUUGUUGGCCUGGUUUGUACUAUCAAUUCUAGACCCUUCGCUUCCCCUCCCGCUUUUUUUAACCAGGGCAGAUGAUACCUGGUUUAAAAGGCUUACUCAGAGAAGGAAAGAGGACAGUAAGACUAAGGAAGAGAGUGCUAGCGGAGACCAGAGAGAGUCAAAAGGAGGUAUAGAAAGAAAUAAAGUCAUUUUGGACAGUAUCAUCCAGAAGGCCCUCCAUCAUUCAUUUAUUCACUCAUUCAAACUCUUGAAGAAGGCUUCUCUUCCUUUUGUCUCUCUCCAUCUGUAUGUACACUAUCCUUCACGAGAUACAAACAUCAUCACAUCAUGUCGGAAAAAUCAAUAGGGUGGACGAAACUCCGCCCGAACAAGACGACCUGACGACUACCCCCCUCUCUCCAGCUUCUUUCAAAAUUGCCGGUCGGUACAAAUUUGAAGCUCCCCCUGUCUUUCUGACCCCCAAUAGCAAUGUCCCGUGUGUCGAUACAAUGACUGGCGCUUUGCUGGCCAGUCAAGCAUAUCCACUUGGUCGUUUCAUGGAAGUAUGUCAUUUAUUGAACCUCACGUUGCCUGGCAUUCACGAAAUUACAGACGUGAGCAUACUGAGUGAUAGGGCUUUCGUUUUCCGUCCACUUUCGCAUGGUGAUCUCCACGGGUGUCUGAGGUAUCAUAAGGUUCUAACUGAGAGAGUAGCGGCAGAAUACUUUAGGCAAAUAAUGGUUUCCAUUGAAGCAGCACAUAGUAAUGGUCUAGUACUCAGAGAUCUCAAGUUAAAGAAGUUUGUCUUCACAGACUCUAAUCGUUUCAAUCUAGCUCUCUCAAGCUUAGAAGAUGCUGUAAGUGUAGGCAAGACUAUAGACAGCAAUGACUUAUUAGACAAUCGGAAUGCCUGUCCAGCCUAUGUUGCUCCAGAGAUGCUACAACCAGGGAAGUAUUCGGGUCGAGCGGCAGACAUGUGGAGUGCUGGUGUGAUACUGUACACAAUGCUAGUGGGGCACUAUCCUUUCUUUGAUGCCAAUCCACAGCUACUAUUCAAGAAGAUCAGGGCUGGAUAUUUUGAGUUCCCUCACUCAAUGUCUUUCUCAGUUCGUUCUCUCAUCUAUUCAAUGCUAAGCUAUGAUCCUGUUCAGAGACCCACAGCGUAUGCAGUCUCGCAGCACCCGUGGGUAAGGAACCCGUCAAUGGCUAGUGACGUCCUUCCCUCGCCUACUCUCUCUUUCACUACUGGACUACGCUACAGACAAUUGAAUGAAGAUCAAACUGUGCCUAUUCACAAGUUACUUUAGUAUUCACUAUUACAUGCUGACUAUUACACUAACACUAACAAGGCCAAUGAUUGUUACACCAUUCCACGCAUUACAACAUUAUUAUAUUAUAUAUUAUACUACUGUAUAUUCUCUCUCUCCCAAUGCUGUUGUAUUACUCUUAUUUCUUCUUUAUGCCUUUACCAACUAUGUUAUAUUAUUUCUUCCUUUCUGUUGCAUUCCUUUCCAUUGUAACUCUUUCAAAUGCCCAUUA